AUGAUUUAAAAUCAUCCUCUUUGUCCUAAAUCAGCAAUGGAAAAGUAUUAUAUGGAGCAACAACUCCCUAAAUAUCAAACAUUACCUCCAUAAUAGACCCAGAAAAAGAAUCACUCUUAUUAUCAUGAUAAUUCAAAUAUUUGGAACAAUCAACAUCAAUCCAGUUCAAAUAUGAAGGUGUUUGCCAAGAUCUAAGAAUAGAAACUAAGAGGUGAGAAACGUAUUUAGCAAUUACAAAUGCAAGAACAAAAAGACUAAUAAUUAUAUUAAAUGAGCAAGCACAUCUAUUUCAAUUAAUUAAAGAAUGAAGAUCAUUUGAGAAUGUAAACUCGUAAAUUAGAACGUGCUGGUCUAUAAAAUCUUAGUCAAUAAUAAUCAGAUAUUGAAGCAGACUAAUUACUUAUUAAACCAAUAUAAUACAAUACUACUUUAUAAGGAAGACCUGAAUUGUUUUGGAACAAAGUUGGUUAGCAUUCAUAAAAACAUAUUAGAAUGUUAGUAAAUCCAAAAAUAUUAGCUAUGGAAGAGGAGGCAGUUAAAUUAAUUGAAAAACGUAUUGAAAAAGAACAUAUAGUUGAAUAAAUAAGAUGGGAUUUAAAACAAGAAAAUAUGAAACUUAUUCGUAAACUCAAUGCAAAAAGGUAAGAAGAGAACAAUGAAAUUCAUUAUAAGGCAGGAUUAUCUCCAAAUCAUAAGAUAGGAAUCUCUAAAACCACUCACCUCAAAAGACCAUCUCAUGUAUCUCGACCUUCAUUAGAUAUUAUUGAAUAAACCCUAUAACAAAUUGAGGAGAAACAAGAAAGAACAAGUCGUCCAUUCACAGUAGAUAGUGAUAAACCAUCAUUUUCAUUUCAUGUAAAACCUCAAACUAGUAAUUAGAAUAGUUAGUCAACAAAAAAUGUGCAUUGUCUAGCCAAGUAAAUCUUAUAAGCAUAACAAGAUAGUAAUCACUUAGUGUCCAUAAGAAACGUAAUCUUAGAAUGGAUAGAUCUGAAUUUAAGGGAUUGUAUUUAGCAUAGGCUUGCGAUGUUAGUGACAACAAUUUCAGUAAAACUAUCCGUUCUAAUUGUACCAUUCUAAAGGGAAUCUCGAAUUAAAAGAUUAAAGCACAAUAAAUACCUCAUAAUAAUAGAUCAAUUAAUAAACCUGAGGAGGAUGUAAACAAAAUAUUAGAUUCAUUUGAAGGUAAAUUGUAAAGUAAAAAACUUCAAUAUUGA